UGGUUGACUAUAAUGUAUUAAAAUGAAAUGUCAUUAAAGUCAUUAUAAGGCACUAAAAUCUAAAUGCACUGCGAUGCGUUCGUUUUCUGGUGGUAUAACUCGCAAGAACGUAUCCAGCUCCCCUUGUGCUACCUGGGAGAAAAUGGAAUAUGAGUCAAGAUGGCAGGAAGUCCAGCCUUGGUUAUGCGCCUGGUCGCCUCGGCCUUCGCUGUGGCCGAGCGGGCAGGGAGCAUUGUGAGGAAGGUGAUGCACAGUGGGGACCUCGGCAUUGUGGAGAAGACAGGAGCCAGUGACUUGCAAACCCUGGCAGACCGCCUUGUUCAGAAGAGCAUCUGUGCGUCCCUGUCACGACGCUUCCCAAAAAUUACCAUCAUUGGGGAGGAGGACCUGCCUUCUGAAGCUGUGGAAGAGGACCUGAUAGAGAGCGGGCAGGCUGGUGACAUCCUGCAGAAGGUUUGCCCGGCAGAGUAUAGCGACAUAAGGGAGGAGGAGCUCGUGGUGUGGGUUGAUCCUCUGGAUGGGACCAAAGAGUACACUGAAGCGGCGGUCAGCCUGAAUGGAGCAGCUCCUCACACAUGGCCACCACACACCGCGCUGGGGGCUCUGCGGCACGGCACAGCUCUGUGCCUCCUGGAUCAUGUGACUGUACUGAUUGGCAUCGCAUACGACGGGAAAGCUAUAGCCGGUGUGAUUAACCAGCCCUUCUUCAACUACCAGCUGGGUCCAGGGGAGAGCCUGGGGAGGACUUUGUGGGGCAUGCUGGGAUUGGGGGCCUUCGGGUUUGAGCUGAAAGAGGUACCGGGAGGACGACGCAUCAUCACCACCACUCGUUCCCACAGCAACAAACUGGUGACGGACUGUGUGCAGGCCAUGGAACCACAUGAGGUCAUCAAAGUGGGCGGGGCUGGAAAUAAGAUCAUCCAGCUGGUGGAGGGCAAGGCUUCCGCCUACGUCUUCGCCAGCCCGGGAUGUAAGAAGUGGGAUACGUGUGCCCCAGAGGCCCUUCUCCACGCCGUGGGGGGAAAGCUGACGGACAUGCGUGGCAGGCCGUACCGUUACCAUGCCGACGUGAAGCAUAUGAACUCGGCUGGAGUGCUGGCCACACUCAGGGAUCACCAGUACUACAGCAGCAGGGUCCCAGAGUCCGUGCUGCAGGGCCUGCCAUCUGACUGAGGCAUCGUGGGUAAUAAUGAGGCCUGUUCAGGGCCUCACUUUGACCCAGAGAGUGACUGUCCCGCUUAUACAUAUUUUUGUUACUCCACAUAGGAAAUAAUCACAGAAUAAAACAAAUGCAGAUUUCAUAAUUGCUGACACAUUCACCGUGUCAGGCAGCUUCACACAAAUUACCAGCGGUAUCGUAUCCCACUUUAUUUUGUAAUGUAAGUGAUGACACUAGUAUCACAAGACAGAAUAGAAAGCAGUACAGAAAAACACAGGGGGUUUUGCUUCUCCAGCCCCGUAGCUUACAGCACUCUUCCAUUUAUACAGAGGCAGCCUUACUUAAAACUCCACAGCUCGAGGAAAUGGGAGAGAAAAAAAAAAAACACAAAACAUAGAAAGACAAGGAGCAAGCAACAAAAAUCACUUAAAUGGACCCUGAAGAGUGCCAUGCAGACGUGAAAUUAUUGUGUGUGCCAACAUGUGAGUGUGUGAUCAAAACUGAGAAAUAAAUCCAGAUGGGUCAGA